ACGUUUCACUCUCUUAUCAAUUCACUGAUUACGACAAUACGAGUGAAACGUAUUGUGUUUUGCGUGUCGUUUGCCAUUCAUUUUGACACUAUUUUUGGACUCAUUUUCUUCACGUUUCUCUCAAAACUCAACCAUUUUUUGGCACUUUUUUCAUCAAAUAGUUUACAUUUUAUAGCAUUUAUUAGUGUUUAUUAUAAACACAUAAACGUGUGUUUGUGUCGUCCAUACAACCAACACAUCCAUUGUGUGCACUGAACGGCCAUUUCAUCUGAUAAUAGGAUCCGAGAACUGAGUGGACAAUGAAUUUCUUGCGAUCAAAUGCCACAACAGAAGCGCCACCGACGCCGACCCCACACUCGGACGUGCCCUGGCUUUUGACUACCGGAGCCAAAGUGGUCGCCACUAUCGCCGGACUCUUUGGUGUCGCGUCUGGAUUUAUGGGCGUAUUCUUCAACAUCUUGAGCCCGACGUGUAUUUUCGCGGCCGCUCUCCUCAUGAUUGAGGGCCUAUUGAUGGCGCUUCUGGAGGCGCCCUGUUUCUGCACAUUCCUCGACUUCGCGUAUAUGCCGUCCUCUUAUUUGGACGCAAAGCCCCAUUGGAUUAAAGCCGUCCUGUAUUUGCUGUUUGCGAUCAUUCCGCUGUCCUUUUGCAUUGGAUUCACGACACUCCUGGCCUGUAGUCUAAUAUUAGUGAGUUGUGGCCUAUAUUUGGUGAUGGCUUUGGGCAGAAAGUGA